AUGGUGCCUGGGUCUGAGCUAUUAUUUGAUUGCAACAACAAGCUUUCAGAAAUGAAGAACGAAGACACAAAUUGGAUCCCUACUGAUUGGGCUGAUUACAUGGACCCUGAUGCAAUGACUACGCUUCUAGGAGAUGCCAUUUGCAAUAUAGAAGAAGAAGAGUACUGGGAGACUUGCCAACAUGCAUUAAAGAGCCCAUAUGAAGCAAGAAUAAGUGAUGAAGAUGAGAAAGGGGGAGAAGCCCCUAGUGAUGAUGAUGAGAGUAGCAACAACAAGAGUGAUAGUAACAGUAGUAGCAGUGGAAAUGAUGAGGAUAAUAGUGAUAGUGAAAGUGAUAGUAGUGAAGACUAUGAUAACCAAUAUAGUGGCAAUGAUUGGGGCAAACCCCCUAGUGAUAGAGAAGAUAAAGAUGAAGGACCUUUUUAUGAAGACGACUCUAAUAACGAUGUGGACUACUAUGAUGGAGAUACAGAGGAUGGUGCUAAAGUUGAACCUAUAGGCAUAGAGGGUGGCACUAAAAGUGAAGAAUUUGAGCUAGAAAAUGUGCUGGACGUUGUAGGAGAUGAGGUUAAAGAGGCCGACAAUAUAGACUAUGAUGAUUACCCCUUUGGGCAGCCCUUAGAUUGGAGUUGCAUUACUGAUGUUAGUUCAAAGUCAGGACCUCAAUAUGACAAGCAUGGUAAAGAAAUUCCUGAGUUGGGGUCAUUCCAUAAUUCAUAA